ACGCUUUGCACGACCUUUGAACGUAAACUUUGAAACGAACACGGUGCUUGAUGAACGAACAGCGUCGUGAAUUUGACGGCUCAAGUAUUUAUGGCCAAAAGUUGAAGAUUCACUUCAAAGGAGAUGGUGUUUUGUCAUCUUCGUUCGCCAUAGAACGUUCUAAGCAACCAUUGUUACCCCUAGUUUUCAUUUUGACUUGCUUUACAGCAGUUGUUGCUGCUAUUUGUCAGGAAUUCCUUUCAUCGGCAAACUUUCUAGUUUGGCCACUUUUGGUUUCUUUGGUCAUCUUCCUAAAAUUGUUUUGCCUUGGUGUUCAUAAAGAAUCAGUGUUGAUUGUCAAAGAUCUUGGAGUUCAGUUUACCACAUCUGGAGUACUUGGGCUUGAAACAAGUCAAUUUAUUGAACAGCACAAAAUUAUUGAUGUGCUUAUCAAUGAAGUUUCUCCACAGCACCAAGUUGUGUUUGUCUUGACGUUGUUAACUUGUGACGGCACUCGAGACAAAGCACAAAGAAAUCAACAACUUCUUCCACUGUUCACGGCAACACUACCAUGUCUACAAACUAUGAAGCCAAUCUACCAUGGCAUGCAGCAAAUACUUGGAACAGAUUGAAUAAAGAACAGGU